AUGAUUCAGCUUCAUGGGAAAGAAACUCUUAUAUUGAUGCCCCAACAACACAGUGUGGUCAAUACAAUGCCUAUUGCUGAUGGCUCAUUACAGUCUACACAGAGUCCAUCAACUACUUUAUUGACGAUGAAGAUGCCUGAAUUUACGGAUUCACAACGUUAUGAACUCAAUGAAGCAGCCGAGAUAUUGAAAAAUCCCCAUUUUCAGAAACAAGAAACCCACAUUUACUUACAUGGAUGGACUGAAUCACAAAAUUUUACUAAUAUUCAUACAAUUGUUGAUGCUUAUUUGAAGCGAAAGGAUAUCAAUCUCAUAACAGUUGAUUGGGCUAAAGCAGCUGCUCUUAUAAAUAUCGAAUUGAUAGCUCCCGUACUAGCUGAUUCGAUUUUAGAUUUAUAUAAAGCGGGUAUAGAUCGUAAGGACUUAAGGGUAAUAGGACAUUCUCUGGGUGGUCAACUUAGUGGAAUGACUGGUCGAAAUGUCCUAAAAAAGUCAAAUGACACAAUUCAAAUUUAUCGAAUUGAUCUCUUAGACCCAGCUUUGCCUCUAUUUACUCCAUUAUUAAUUCCAAACGUUGAUAAAAAUGAUGCAGAAUUUGUUCAAGUAAUUCACACUGAAUCUGGAUCUUUUAGUGCACCUUUGUCUUUAGGUCAUGUUGAUUUUUAUCCAAAUGGUGGAUUUGCCCAACCAGGAUGUUCCAAUAGAACUUUAUUUGAUAAUCCAAUUAGUUUGGAAGGUGUUUGUAGUCACCAAAGAUCUUGGCGUUUUUGGGCCGAAAGUGUUGAAAAUGUAAAUGGUACCAAUCAAACAUUUUUGGCAUUAUCAUUGUUUUCAAGGCCGGGCACAGAACCAAUUGAAAUGGGAAUCAAUUGUCCAAUUACUACAAAGGGGAGUUAUUUCCUAACAACCAACAGUGAAUAUCCGUUUGCAAAAGGAGAGGAUGGAUUAAUAAGAUUGUAA